AUGGCCGACGCAGCCGGCGAUUCAGCCCGGUCGAACCUGAAUCUCACUACCGAGGAGAAGCGUGUUUUCGGUCAGCUGUUCAGGCAAGCCGAUACCGACGUCCUAGGAGAGGCUAGUUGCUCACCUUUCCCCGCCCCGGCGAAAACCUGGAAACACAUAUGGCAGAUAGCCGACAGUGAGAACAGGGGCUUUCUGACCCCGGCGGGCUUCAGCGCUGUUCUGCGCUUGAUCGGCCAUGCCCAAGCAGGCCGCGAACCGACGACCGAGCUGGCAUCCCAACCCGGACCGUUGCCCCAUUUCGACGGCUUCCAGCUCCCCGGCCUUUCGUCACCUCCCCCACCGCCACCAGCGACACUACAGGCUCAGAGCACUGGCGGGCCUGUUCGAAUUCCGGCAUUGACCCCCGAGAAGGUCAAUCAAUAUGCCGGGUUAUUUGAGCGUCAGGCUUUGCAGCCCGGGGGUCUGCUCCCGGGCGAUCAGGCCAAGUCCAUCUUCGAGAAGGCUGGUCUGCCAAUCGAGGUGCUGGGACGGAUCUGGCAAUUGGCCGACACUGAGCAACGAGGGGCUCUUGUGCAGACCGAGUUCGUCAUCGCUAUGCACCUGCUCACCUCGAUGAAAUCGGGCGCACUCCGUGGUCUUCCCAGUAUUCUGCCAGCACCGCUCUACGAGGCCGCCACAAGACGUUUGGCCGCUCCACGUCAGUCGCCGACGGCUACGGGCCACAUCUCCGCCAUUCCUCGACAGCUGAGCGGCUCGGCACCCAUACGCACAGGCAGCCCUCUCGGGCGUCCGCCCAUCACAGCGCAAUCGUCAACGGUGUCUGGACCAGACUGGCUUGUCACGCCAGCCGACAAAGCGCGCUUUGAUCAGCUCUACGACGACCUCGACAAAACUCGCAAGGGAUACAUCACGGGAGAAGAGGCAGUGCCUUUCCUCAGCCAGUCUAGCCUUCCUGAAGAUGCCCUGGCACAGAUCUGGGACCUGGCCGACUGUAAUUCGGAAGGCGUCCUGAACCGCGACACUUUUGCUGUGGCCAUGUAUCUUAUUCGUCAACAGCGCACCAGACGUGAUGGCUCUUCAGCAUUGCCAUCAACGCUACCCCCCAACCUUGUCCCACCAAGCAUGCGCCAGCGGACACGCCUCGCAGCUGCGACGGGCUCUCCCUUUGACGCUCCUGCACCUCCUCCACAAGCUCAGCCUCCCGUCGCGGCGCCCAAGUCCGCUCUGGAUGACUUGUUUGGUCUGGACACGACCCCUACGCCAGCUGCGCAAGCCCAGGUGGCGCAGAACACGGGCGGUUCAAACGCCGUUGAUCCAUUCGCUGCGGGCGCCAGCAUACAGACCCCAUCAUCCCCUGUAAAGCCCUCGUCGCCGGCGAACACUCAGUUCAAGCCCUUUGUCCCUUCGUCCUCUUUUGGGCGAGGCCUGACUGUCCAUGGCACUGGCGACUCGGCUGGCUCUGGUAUUGGAUCCAACAGAGCGGUUGGCGCAGCGUCAGACGAUCUCCUGGGCGAUAACGACCCUGAGAUCAGCAAGAAGCUCACUAGCGAGACUGCCGAGCUGGCCAAUCUAUCCAACCAGGUAGGAUCUCUGUCAAAGCAGAUGCAGGAGGUUCAAGGGCAGCGAAAUGCCUCACAGAACGAGUUUAAUCAAGCCAGCGCACAAAAAAAGAACUUUGAGCAGCGCCUUGCACAGCUGCGUACGCUUUACGAGAAGGAAGCUGGCGAUGUGCAGGCUCUACAACAGCAACUCAGCGAUGCACGCAAGGAGACUCAGAAGCUCCAGGCAGAAUGCAUGCAGCUCGACACGACGUACCGAGAUCUGCAGACGCAGCACCAGCAGGUACUGAGUAGUCUCGAGGCUGACCGACACGAAAAUACCGGACUUAAGGAGAAGAUUAGAGCGGUCAACGCCGAAGUCGCCCAGCUCAAGCCUCAAAUCGAGAAGCUCAAGUCAGAGGCGAGGCAGCAAAAGGGCCUGGUUGCCAUUAACAAGAAGCAACUCUCGACGAACGAAGCCGAGCGGGAAAGGCUACAGUCUGAGGCAGCUGAUCUCGCCAAGAGCCAUAGUGAGGCCCUCUCUAGGCAAGACACUGGCUCCUCGCUUCCCGGCUCUGCAUCUGUGGCCAGUCCGGCAGCGUCUGUAGCCAGCGCGAACAACCCGUUUUUCAAGCGAACAGGAAGUACUGACAUCAUGGGAGCCUUUGCCUCUCCAGCGAUCAAGUCUUCUGCCGCCGAUCAAUCGUUUGACGACAUAUUUGGCCCUUCGCAGCCUCCCACCCGGUCGACUGACACCCCGCCCCCUCCCAUCACGUCUUUCAAGCCGCAAACCACCGGAACAUCUACUGGCAGUGUCAGCUCUUGGGCCACACCUCCUGCUGCGUCCCCUACCAUGAGUCGCCAGCAGACCUUGACCGCCGAGCCCCCUGCGCCACCUGAGUCCCGUCAGAUCAGUUCAAGCUUCCUGCCUUUUUCGGACGCAUCCGAAUCGCUUUCCUCAUCACGCGCCGUGUCCCCACCAGCCUCCCGAGCCGGUGAACCAUUUGAGUCUGUUGUCGCAACACCCACACAGGCCCCCCCCGGUGCGUUCCCAGACGAACCGACUCCCACUGGUGAGGGCUCCGAGACACUUCGCGAGACGGGUUCAGCUAGCGAAAGCAAGGCCAGCGCAAAUGACAGCCCAUCAGCUGCAAUCGGCGCUGUCGGCGCGACGACGGGUGGUGGAGGCGGUGAUCCUUUUGCUGCCACGGAUGAAGAAAAGGCAAAGUCGGAUUUUGACAACGCCUUUGCAAGUUUCACCAAGGCUCACAAGGCCCCUGAAAAGUCCAGUAACGAGCCCAUCAAGCCAGCUGUGGCCUUUGACUCCGAGUUCCCUCCCAUCUCCGAGCUGGAGAGAGACGACGACUCUGAUACGGCCAGCGAGGGUGGUGGAUUUGAUGACGAUUUCGCGCCUGCUUCGCCUCCCAAGAAGCAGAACGAGGCUCCUGCUAUUGCGCCUUCCGGCGAUGGGUCAGCGGCGACUCAGGUGCCGGUGCCCAAUGCUACUGUGGCGAAUUCGAGUCUAACUGCGGUAAAGAACAACAGUUCGCUCCAGCAUGAGCCGACAAGCCCGAUCACACCCCAGAACGACAACCCGUUUGCACCGCCAGCUUCAAGCGGCGCAAACGUACUGAGUCAACCGUUCGACCAAGCGCCCCAAGCAAAAGGAGUCUUCGACGAUCUAGACGACGAUUUUGACGGACUCGAAGACGCCAAAGAGGGUUCAGCUGACGAUGACUUCCAGACCAUCUCGAGAUCCGGUUUGGACGACUUCAAUCCCGUCUUCGACAGCAGCCCCCCUCAAAGCCAGGCCAAGAGCGAGCCUGCGACAGCUCCAUUUGGGCAGGAAAGCAGCUACGACUUUGGCAGCGCGUCCACCACGUCAGCUACUCCUGCUGGUGCAGGUGCCGGUACAGCUGGGCCCGACAAGAGCUCGGCCGAUGCCCAUGAUUGGGAUUCCAUCUUCGCGACUCUGGACUCCCCCAACGGCUCCGCCGCAGGUACCGCCGCUCCGCUGAAUGCUCCGGCCCCAGUCGCCAUCCCCGUCCCGGCCCCGGCCGUAGCACCCGUUGCCGAACCGGAGUCGAGGCCUUUGCCCGCCAGGGGCUUGACCGAGGAUGGCAAAGAUGAUGACCCGAUUCUCAGAAAUCUGACCAACAUGGGAUACUCUCGAUCCGACGCACUUUUGGCCCUCGAGAAGUACGACUACAACUUGGAAAGAGCUGCCAACCACCUCGCGAGCCAGUCGUGA